AUGCUGGUAUCCCAGACAAAGAACGACGACGUCUUCUUGUCUUUCCCAGCGACAUUUUUGUCGGCUGGUGUUACUGUAUUUGGCCAAAAAGAGUUAAAAAGACCGUAAAAAUGUUGGGCCGUAUAGCGCCUGGUGUUUGCGCCCAGGUGACCAUGGUGGUCAACAACCAGCAGACGCGUAACAUGGCCACUUUGAAAGCCAUUUCCAUUCGCUUGAAGUCAGUUAAGAACAUCCAAAAGAUUACCCAGUCUAUGAAGAUGGUGUCAGCUGCAAAAUACACUCGUGCUGAACGUGACCUGAAAGCGGCGCGUCCUUACGGAGAAGGUGCUGUGCUCUUCUAUGAAAGGGCUGAGGUAGCGCCACCUGAAGAUGAGCCCAAACAACUUUACAUUGCCAUGACCUCCGACAGGGGUCUGUGUGGAGCGGUGCACACCGGAGUAUCCAAGGUGAUUCGUAACCGACUGAGCGAGCCCGGUGCGGAGAACAUAAAGGUUAUCUGUGUCGGAGACAAGUCUCGUGGUAUUCUGCAGCGGCUGUACGGGAAACACAUCAUUAGUGUGGCUAAUGAGAUCGGUCGUCUCCCCCCCACGUUCCUGGACGCGGCGCGGCUGGCGGACGCCGUGCUCUCCUCGGGGUACGACUUCGGCUCCGGCAAGAUCAUCUUCAACAAGUUCAAGUCCGUGGUGUCCUACGCUCAGGCGGACCUGCCGCUCUUCAGCAGGAAAGCUGUCGAAGCGGCUCCGAAGCUGGCGGUUUAUGAUUCUUUAGACAGCGACGUGGUACAAUCUUAUAUGGAGUUCUCUUUGGCCUCCAUGUUGUUCUACGCGCUGAAGGAAGGCGCGUGUUCUGAACAAUCGUCCCGUAUGACGGCCAUGGACAACGCAUCCAAGAACGCGGGAGAAAUGAUUGAAAAACUCACUUUGACAUUCAAUAGAACUCGCCAAGCUGUAAUUACCAGAGAACUUAUCGAAAUUAUCUCUGGUGCUGCUGCUUUGGAUUAAAAAAACAAUUAAAAAUCACCAAUUAACGUUUUUCGUAAUGACAGCGGUUUGAGCGGGAACGCCAUCUUAGAAAUUCAGCCAAUAGACAAUCAUGUUUUUUAAUUUUUUUUUAAAUACAGAUGCCGAUGUUCUCAUUGUUAGAAUGUGUUAAUGGAAACACGCAAUAUACUUACUGGCUUUAACAUCUUUCAUUAAUGUAUUUCGACAAUGAAACUGUUAUGUAAGGAUACAGUGGUGAAUAAAGUAUUGUAUAGA